UCCACUACAAUCACCCGAGAAAUUCGGUUUUCGCAUAUCAAUCCGGAAAGUUAAGAAAAUUAUUCCUUAACUUUGAGUUAACAGAAAAGAUCUUCGUAACCCCAUAGAACAACAACAACCAAAUGCUGGGGCUUGGAGGAACAACAAAAAGCGCUCUGUUGGAGGCUAAGGAUAGCGGGGUUGUCAGCCUGAUCCUAUCAGAUCCACAGCUCCAAGCCGACCUGCUCAAGGACCCUCAAAGUACCGACGUUGAUCAUCCUCAGUUACCUUUUCCUUUUCGCCAUAGUAACAUCAAUCAGGGAAACACCACCAUGAGACCGACUACUUCUAUCGUUGUAUUUUACGAUAGACCAAAGGCAACAUCAACAAAGGGCUUCUAAAUCUUUCGCUGCUGGCAUCCACACUCAGCUGCCACGGCCAGUAGAAGGCUUUGACAAGUGAAAGAGUAAUGCCGCAAUGCACUUUGUAAAUGCUAGUAGCUGCGUGUGACGUUGCAGCGUUGAAUAAAAAAAAAUAUAAUUCAAAUCACUACAUCCAGGUGCGCUCCAGAACAACAAAAAGCUGCAGGAAGCUGUCAUGAAGGAUCCCGAGAUGCAGAAAAUAGCGAAAGACAACGCGCAGAACCUCUUGCAAGAUCCACGAGUAAAAGACUUCUUGAAGGAGCAAGCGAAAAACGCCGCCGGGAAAGCGAUGCAGGCGCUGCGAGGCAGCGCAGUCAAGGGGUUGGAGGCUUUCAAAAAAUACGUGCAAGCAGGACCGGCCGGCAUUCAAAUGCUGUGCUUCCUUUCAGGCUGUAUUCCUGAUAUUCACAGAUUGUGAUUCUACUAACAUAAUUCGUGGUCGUUUGCGACGUUCUGUAGUAGAUGCGGGCUCUGUACUGGUUCCAAAGCAGAUUUACUGCAUGCCAGUAAGUACUUAUUUGGAAUUUGAACUUUUUCAAUUCGGAGGCAAAGUAGAAAGAACAAGAAGGCUAGCGACUAGUUAGUAAUAGAGUGUAUCUUCACGUAGCUUUAUUAGUAGAGUUGGAAGUGGAAUCAUCACAACUCAAAAUUGAAAAUUUUUGCGGCACCUACACGGCAGGUUUUACUCUUGUGAUCGGCGUGCUGGGUGUAAUCAAUCUCUUUUCGGCGAUUGAGUCCCCAUUCACAUUUGUGAUGAACAUCUAUGUGCUGACCUUCGGCUUGGUUGCGCUCAUUGUGGAAGCAGACGAGGAGCGGUUGAGCGAAACGCCCCUUCUCGAGUACGUGGCGCCCAAGAUCCUGGUGGCUCAGGAGCUUUUGCAUGUGGAGGCCAAAUUCCUGACGCUUCUCUGGGGCCGUGGACUCUUCUACGUAUUCGUGGGAUUGUUAAUGGCCACACAGUGUUGGCUCUGCUUCUUCUUCCUGGCCGGUGCUGCAAAUGUCACGGUCGGGGUCCUCUGUCUCCUCACACAUUUCGGCGUGGACAUCGACAUCGAUUACAUGAGCCGUAAUGCAAAAUUUUUCUAUUUUGGAUAAGUUUGAAGUUUGCUUUGCGUUUGCUGCCCCGACGAGAAAGUAAUGUAGUCCUCAGAUGAGAUUCUAACGCGCCACUGAAAGACUGCAGGAAUGAUAAGCUAGGCAAAACCACCACAUGCUACGAGGACAAAGAAAGGCUUGCUAUUGCUUGCUUUGCAAAUAGUCUUUUCAUUCCUUUUGAAAAAAAAAACGGCUUAGGGCAAGCAGGGACUGCGUAUGAUAAGAUAUCCACUGUCACUGACGCCGAUGCUGCACAAUUUGGGCGAGCGGCGGAAGCAUGGGCAAAAAGCAGCUCUAGCGGAGACAAGCUUUGCAAAGUACUCCAAAAAUUUCGCUGAUUCCUUCAUCUCGUCUUUCCACGGAGCCUAGUACUGUACGUGCAUGCGAGAACUACAACACCGACUGGAUCAUCAAUAGCUCUAGCUGAUACAUAGAUUAAUAGUAUAAGUAUAGACGCACGACAAGGACUUCUUUUUGCUUUUUCUUCUACUUCUAGGCACUGCACAAGCAAGCGACGGAGGGCGACGUAACAGGCGAGAGACCAACGGGAAUGUUCAACGCAACGGCCAAGUCCGAAUACGAUGCUAGACAAAAGCUCAUCGGGAUGGCAACGACGGACGCGAAGCGCGAGUUUGUAGCGUAUGCAUUGCAACACAAGUAUCUACUUCACCUUCACACAUGGACAUGUAUGGAAUACUUUAUGAAUUAUAUCAUGCGAAAUAAGAACGGUGGGAAGAUUGUUCAGCCUAAGCUGUACUGCAAUGCAGUACCAAUCUGAGCUUGAGCAUCAUUCAUAGAUAGCGACUACUGCACUUGCAAAAAAUGCAACUUUUACAAGAUGAAGGGUGCGCCGAUACUUUUGCACAGAAUACAGUGCGAUGCAAAGCAAAAGGUGUCAAAUGGUGAAGCGCGACAUGAUGAAGCUGCCCUUGGUCGUGCCGCGACUGGCAACCAGUGCCGAGUUGAACUCUCCUCGCUGGUUUGAAGAAGCAUCGAUGGGUGCGAGUCAGUUACCGGCGGCGUCACCAAAAUUAUACAUGCAUACUGUCCCGUUUGGACACGCCUUAUUACGCCAAGCAAAAGGUGGAUCACGAUGGAUUGC